AUGAGCGCCUCGACCGACGCCAAAGCCGCAAAGGCAGCCACAAAGGCCGCCGCCGACGAUGCAGACAAACCCUUCGUCGACUUUGCCUCGAUACCGGCGUCCGCUCUGCACUCGUACAUCUCGUACUACGACCUCGCCCAGACCUAUCCGCCGCCGGAUACUACCCAGUCUUCGUCCGGCGGCACAUCCUUGUCCUCGCAAAAGGGGCGGCGCGGCUCCACCCGCAACGUCUCGCCCGCACCCUCCCUGUCCGGUAGCCGCAAGAGGACCGCAGACGCAGCCGCGCUCGACAACCCGGGCUCUUCCAACGGUACCAAGGCAUCAACAUCAACAGCAGCGGCCGCUGCCGCCGCCGCCGAGGACGAUCCGCCGUGUCCGCCUCACUUUUUCGACGCCGACGCCGCCAGCCUCUAUCUGAGCCAGGUGGCGGCCAAGCACUUUGCCAGCCAGCCUACGCCAAAGGAGGGCGAGGUCGUGGUGGGCUUCCUGUACAAGUGCAAGGCAAAGGGCGAGCUCAACCGGCCACUCGCCCAUCACAGGAUCAAGGGGCCUCGUAUCGCCAGUGGGCCCGGCUCGGCCGCGGCGGCAGCUUCGACGGCAGCGACAGCCAGACGAUAG